AAAAAACCCAAUAACAUAUAUCUUCAAGUUUCCCCUUUUUGACCCUCUAAAACCCUAAACCUUCUUCUUCCUUCCUUCUCCUUCUUGUUCUUCAGAGAUGUUGAUGUCCAGGGCUUUGUCACGCGUCUCAAGGAGCGUUGGUGCACGCGCCUUGCUUCUGUCUGCUCCCAAGAGCGUUCAAACGCCAAGCUUUCCCCCUCAGUUUCACUCCCUUGUCUGUGAAUCACCGAAGAAGGUGAUUACAAAUGAUUUAUUUAAGCUGCAGUAUUCAAACCUAAAUUUCUCUGCAUUUCGACGAUUUGGGAUCUCUUCAUCGGCCUCUCCUGAGCCUUCCGGAAAGGAACAUGGGAGUACUGUAGAGAAUAAUGGUGAAGAUCCUGCGAAGCCAAGUGGGGAUACGAAUCCUGGAGAGGCUGAAGUUACAAAAGAAUCAGAUUCAGAUUCUGAGGGUGAUGGUGACCUAUCAAUGUCUGAUAUGGUGAAACUUGUGGAGGAAAAAGAAGAACUCCUGAAUGCCAAGCAAAAGGAAAUUGAACAAAUGAGGGACAAAGUUGUUCGGACUCUUGCAGAAAUGGAGAACGUUAUGGCCAGGACAAGACGGGAAGCGGAGAACGCAAAAAAAUUUGCCAUACAGAAUUUUGCAAAAGGCCUACUUGAUGUUGCAGAUAAUUUAGGAAGGGCUUCUACACAUGUUAAAGGCAAUUUCUCUAAGAUCGAUGAAUCCAAAGACACUGCUGGAGCUGUACCCCUCCUUAAGACACUCCUGGAAGGGGUUGAAAUGACCGAGAAACAGCUUGGAGAGGUAUUUAGAAAGUUUGGAGUGGAAAAAUUUGAUCCUACAAACGAACCAUUUGAUCCACACAGGCAUAAUGCUGUAUUCCAAGUACCAGAUAAUUCUAAGCCUCCUGGAACAGUUGCUCAUGUUUUGAAGGCAGGAUACAUGCUCUAUGAUCGUGUUAUUCGACCAGCUGAGGUCGGUGUUACUCAAGCAACAGAUAAUGAUGCAGCUGAGAAUAUCACAAGCGACAAAGGCUCUGAUGCUUGAUGGUAUCUUAGGUAAAGUUUUUAAUGGCAAAUUUUCAAAAACUGUUGCCUUUGUGAUAAAGAAUUAUACACAUUUGAGGGUUAUCAAUCUCUGAUUACACUACUCAUAGAAGACAUGUAUGUGCUCGUAAGUUAUUCGAAUUUGGUUUGAUCGA